AUGGCUAACAUCCCGGCUUUGCCUGAUGCAAGCGCUUGGGCCUUGCUUAAUCUGAAAUCUGGUAGUAAAACCAAACAGACUAAACAGUUAAAGCGUCUACAGCAUGGCUCUACACCUCUCAAACCACCAAAUGAUUUGCGUGACGAAAAAAAGAACCGUAGAGUUAAGUUUAAUUUGAAUCGCGAGCGUCUGAAUCUUUGGAAGGGCCCCGUUCAUCAGAAUCGGUUGGCGGAUCAGCUAAUUUUUCCUCUCAGGAGUCAUGCCAUUCAGUUUUCUACUUCCGAUGAGGCUAAGGAAGCUAAACAGCUGAAGGCGUUAGAGGCGUUGAAAGGUGAUGCUGGAUCGCUUCAAGGGGCACUUUCUAAGAUUUUGUAUAAGAAAACGGCUGAGCCCGUUUCAGCCGUAAACAAGGAAAUUGACGAACAGUUGAAACUCGCCCAUAAGAUGUGUCUCAAGGCCUCCGAUCAAAUGAAGCAACGGUUGCGAGAAGUGACAUUGCUUCACAAGGCUAAGCUCCAAAAGCGAAUCAAGAGCAAGAGUUAUCAUCGUCGUGCUAAGCGGCGUAAUAUGAAAGAAUUUGAGAAGGAAAUUGCCCUUCUGCGUUGCAAUAACCCUCAAGCCUUUGCUGAACGUCUGGUUGAAGCAGAACGUGUUCGCGCCAAGGAGCGAGCAAGCUUGCGACACAGGACAGGCGGAAAGUUUGCGAAAAUGCAACGUCUGCGGGCGAAGUAUGACAAGGAGGCGAGAGAUGCUGUGGCUAUCAUGCACGAUCGGGCUCGAGACUUAACGAAACGUCGCCAGAAUAUGGAUGACGAUGAUGAUAGCGAUUCUGUGAUAUCAGAGCUUAAUAUCAGCUCCUCGGAGGAAGAGGAAUCGAGUGAGGAAGAAGUUGCUAUCAGUGACGCAGAAGUGGAAGAAGACGGUAUAGCACCUCACCUCACUAGCUGGUGGUCUAAAGUUGAAAACCAGCCAGAAAAGCCUGCCUCUCCAGAGUUGGAAGAAGGAGAUGAUGUCGAAAUGAACACCGUCACCCCUGCCGCGCCAACUAUCCUCUCUACUCUUGCUUCAGAUGACAUGCUCCGAAAGUCUGUCCCUCUCUCUACCGAUGCCAACUCCGAUGUAAAGACCGCUGAGUGCCUAGAUCCAACGGACGAAAACUUCUACGCUGCCCUCCAAGAGGCAGUAGGAGACGUGAGCGCAGUGGAAUCGGCUGCGGCAGAGUUUGAGGCGGAGAAGCGCGCUGUAAAGGAGGAAGAGGAACUUAAAGAUCUGGACACCUUCCUACCUGGUUGGAAUCGAUGGACCGGUCCUGGCACCGAGAAAGCGGACGAGAGACUCCGCCGCAAACGCCUCAUUAAGGCGCCUAAGCGUAGACGUAAGGAUUUGGGACGUGCCAGGGUCAUCAUUAAGGAAAAAGUGAACGAGGAACUACGGAAGCAUUUGGUGAAGAAGAUACCCUUCCCCUACGCCACACCAGAGCAGUACGAGCAGGCAAUGGCACAGCCAGUGGGUCGCGAGUGGACCACAGAAGCAGCUCACAAGGAGCUCACCAAACCCAAAGUCGUCCUCAAGGCAAGUCGGAUCAUUAAACCAAUCAAUCGGGACGUCGCUCUGCUUCGAGAGAAAGAUUGUCUUCGUUUACUGACGGGCAAGAAGAAUGUUUGA